AUGCCCUUGGGCCAUCCAUCGCAGGUUGCCUACGCGGCGCCCAAUUGGUUGGCAUUGCUUGGUUUCGGUGACCAAAUGCCAUUCAACGACAUUUUGAGAAAACGACACCCUCACAAGCAGGCACAUCUUUCGAGGUCUCCCUUUGGCGUACAUCGCCAGAGCCGCCGACGAAGCCGCCCAUGGUCCUGCGAUGGGUUGGUAGAGGCGAUGCAGAACGGUCGGUUGAGACGCAGAGGAUCAAAACGAUUGUGGACUAGUCCGCGGAGCACGGAGUACACGACACGAAAUGAUUACAAAGAGCGUGAGCACGAUACACAACGAGCAGUACAUGUACAGCCUACUACGUAG